GAUGAACCGGAGUUUCAACAAAUCUCAGACUCUGCGGUAUCUGGAGUGCAGCGCGGUGGAAGUGAAGAGUAAGUUUGGAGCAGAGUUCAGAAGGUUCUCUCUGGAUCGCUACAAGCCAGGAAAGUUUGAAGACUUCUAUAAGCUAAUUCUUCACAUUCAUCACAUAGCCAACCUGGAAGUGAUGAUCGGAUAUGCUGAUGUGCAUGGAGACCUUCUCCCUAUUAAUAAUGAUGACAACUUCUUCAAGGCCGUUUCAAGUGCUCAUCCACUGCUCAGGGUUUUUAUCCAAAGACAAGAUGAAGUGGACUACAGCAAUUUUGGGACCAAUACGCUGUCGAGGAAGAAGAAGGCUCUGGUGACACUGCGCAAUGACAACCUCCGCCGGCGUCCUCACAUCAACAUUAGCAUGCCUCAUGAUUUUAGACCAGUGUCUUCCAUAAUCGAUGUGGACAUUCUCCCUGAAACACACAGGAGAGUGAGGCUGUAUCGACACGGGUGUGAGAAACCCUUGGGAUUUUACAUUCGUGAUGGCACCAGUGUAAGGGUGACUCCUCACGGACUGGAAAAAGUACCUGGCAUCUUCAUCUCUCGUAUGGUUCCUGGUGGCUUGGCAGAGAGCACGGGCUUGCUGGCUGUGAAUGACGAAGUCCUGGAAGUCAAUGGCAUUGAAGUAGCAGGAAAGACUCUUGACCAAGUCACAGACAUGAUGAUUGCCAACAGCCAUAAUCUCAUUAUCACAGUCAAGCCAGCAAACCAGAGGAACAAUAUUAUUCGGAGCAGUAGGAUGUCUGGUAGCUCUGGUCAGUCUACAGACAGCACUGCGAGUCACCAUAGCUUGCCUACAUCCCAUGUUCUGCAGAACUUCCACCCUGAUGAAAUGGAGAGUGAUGAAGAGGCUGACAUUGUCAUCGAGGGUGGUCUGGAGCCACAACACAUUCCUAAACUGCACAGCCUUACUUCCAGUAGCCUCUCUCGAAUCAAUGGCAGCAGCCUUAGCCACAGACUUCAAAGGGACCUGGUGCUCAACAACAACUCUGGCCGAGAAAGCAACGGCAACAUCCACAAAUUACUCAGUUCCUUAAAAACUGAUCCCCGACACAGUCUGGUUAUCCCCAGAGGAGGUAUUGAGGAGGAUGGAACAGUCAUUACACUUUAGUAGCAAUUUCUGCAAUUCUCCUUACAGUCUUAAGUGCCAAUUGGGACAAUCGACUUGCGUAACACGUGCACAAAACAGGGAGCUGAUAUUCUCACAGACCUCAUGGGUGCAGAAAAUUGUUGCUUUCUAGGAAACGUGGCAUCUGGAGUUAGACAUAAAAUUGUUAUGCACUGCAAAAUUUGUCAGGAGAAAGCCAGAGUGCAAAACCUGGUUUAUGUCCCGGCCCUGAAGUGAGAACACAAAUUUGUUUUAGUUGGUAUAAACGUAAGCAGUCUUACAGGCUACCCAUGGCAGUGUUAUAUACUCGGGUUUGAAUGCAUGGGUAGAUGUAUUUAUACAUGCAUGUAUAUGAAUUAGAUUUUAAUAGUAACAGACAUGUCUAUUUGAAGUGGAACAUUGUUUUCUUCUAACACCAGCUAAGGACAGAGUGCUUCUUAAUAGCCAUCCCGUCGUCUUCUGUUCCAUACAGCCCUUCCGCCGACUUGUUUACACCGUCUUCUCAGCGUUAUGUCUAAUCCAGACGAGCUCUGUAAAAGCAGCCGUUUCCUAUUCCGGUGGUAACAGCGCUCGGGAGACGCUGCAGACACAUUUUCCAAAGGAAACGAUGGAAAUCUCUAUCCGUAUAAACCCGCGUGUUCCCCGCCAUGGCCGUGGCUGCCGGGCCAUGGGCCCCACCUGCCGGCCGGCGGGGGCAGCGCCGCGGCCGCCCUGUAUUCUCUCACCAUAUUUAUUAGUUAAUACCUCCUUGUUUUGUUUGUUUGGCUUUUUUGGUUUGUUUCUUUUUUUGGUUUUUUCACCCCUCCCCGCAUCAUCUCUGUUUGUUCAGAAUCAUGGUUUGUGUGAGUUUUUAGGCAUGCAAGCCUCAGAGCUGACACAGGUCCUUGCUGUACCUUUGGGGCAAUCCACAAGGUCUUUCCUUGACAAGAGAUUUCCCUGUGGAGAGGAGGGAUGCUGACAGACUCUCAAGCCUAACUUAGAAUAGUUCUGUUACCUUUGGACUCCUACAGUAAUAAAGCUUUAUGUCUGCACAGGACUUCUGGAAAGUUAAAAUAUACUGGAUAUUUUGGAAGGUCAGACACCUUUGCUGGGUGGCCAGGUGGCUAGUGAGUGACCAGUGACUGUUGAGUCAGUACCUGUCUGCUUCUGGAAACACCAUGAGUUUUAUCAAAGUGGUCUAAUCUAAAAUAUUUUGUUAUAUCUUGAUCAGUGUAAGGAACAAAAUAUAAAUGUUUUUAAAUGUAUUUUUCUAC